GGGAAUGCUGCAACAAACUUGUCAUUCAGUAGUUGCCAUGUUUUAUGUGAAACUUUUAUACUGGAAGUGGUGAUAAAAGUAGGUAGACCUAAGAAGGCUGAUAAAACAGGUGAGUCAAAGUUAACAUGUGGACCUAAGAAGGCUGAUCAAACAGAUGAGUCAAAGUUAACAUGUGGACCUAAGAAGGCUGAUCAAACAGAUGAGUCAGAGUUUACAUGUAGACCUAAGAAGGCUGAUGAAACAGAUGAGUCAAAGUUAACAUGUGGACCUAAGAAGGCUGAUGAAACAGAUGAGUCAGAGUUUACAUGUAGACCUAAGAAGGCUGAUGAAACAGAUGAGUCAAAGUUAACAUGUGGACCUAAGAAGGCUGAUGAAACAGAUGAGUCAGAGUUUACAUGUAGACCUAAGAAGGCUGAUAAAACAGGCGAGUCAAAGUUAACAUGUGGACCUAAGAAGGCUGAUGAAACAGAUGAGUCAGAGUUUACAUGUAGACCUAAGAAGGCUGAUGAAACAGAUGAGUCAAAGUUAACAUGUGGACCUAAGAAGGCUGAUGAAACGGGUGAGUCAAAGUUAACAUGUGGACCUAUGAAGGCUGAUGAAAUGGGUGAGUCAGAGUUAACAUGUGGACCUAAGAAGACUAGUGAAACAGAUGAGUCAAAGUUUACAUUGUUAGUCAUGACUUGA